AUGAAGGGAAGACCCUUGAAGACGCCCCCACUCGCCUUACUUCGCAAAGAGUCCGAGUUUGCCUGGGCUUCAACCCAUAGUGGAGAGACCACUCGAUUCUUCCCCUCCAUAACCGACGAAAUAAACAAGGUCAAUGGAGCGGUCGUGCAUUGGAGGAGCAUUGAGAGCCCAGAACGAGCUGAGUCCAUUAAGCAGAAGGUGCCGUGGAUUAAGCAUGGGUAUUCAGACGCCAAGGUCGUCCCCAUUGGAAAAUUCACUUCGGUGUCUAAGCUCUUCCACCAAGGAGGAAAGUAUCUGCACUGUGAGCCAGUGCAACGUCUGCGGCCCUUUAUCACGGACCCGUGUGUGACUUGGUAA